CCUACCAACUCUCCACUUCUCUGUAACUCUCACUCCUCCGCUUUACUCUUCUCCUCCUACCUUGAAAACCCAAAUACCCUUCCUUCUUCUUCUUCUUCUUCUUCUUCUGUUGGCCUUGUCUGUGGCUGGGCAGUCGCCUUGAAGAAAUCAAAACCUCAAAGAUGAGCCGUUUCUGGACAUUCCUUACCCACGUUCACACUGUUGCCGGGCCGGUGACGAUGCUGCUUUACCCUCUGUAUGCGUCAGUGAUGGCGAUAGAGAGCCCUGGUAAGGAGGACGAUGAGCAGUGGCUUGCGUAUUGGAUCAUUUACAGCUUCUUAACCCUGUCCGAGAUGCUGCUCCAGUCCGUUCUCGAGUGGAUUCCAAUAUGGUACACGGCGAAGCUGGUGUUGGCAGCGUGGCUGGUUCUGCCGCAGUUCAAAGGGGCGGCUUUCUUGUACGAGCGAUUCGUGAGGGAGCACAUCAGGAAGCAUCUCACUAACAAGAGUAGUGUCGCAAAGGGUAAGAACAAGUUCGUUCAGUUCGUUGCUCCCAAGAAGGGAGAGCAAGAGGCUUACUGAACCGGGAGAAACAGAUUAUGACGGCCAAACUGAAAAUAUCGUUUAGUAGUAAUGGUGAUUAGUUUCUGCUUUGUUGUAGUUGUUUCUUCCUUCCUUCUAUUGCAGCUGUUUCCUUUCAGAGUUUGAUUUGAGGUAUGGGAUUGUAACGAGAACACGAACCAUUUCUUAAGAGCAUGCAUAUUAUCUGUACAAAAGAGAAGAAAAGAGUUCCCACUUUGGCACAGGAAUAUCACAAGGGCAUUUUGCCUGUGUAACCAUGCUUUAUAUAAAUUUUAAGAAAAAGUUGUGCCCGCUGGUGUUUUGGUGGAUGAAUAACUCUCCCCUCCCUCUAGCAGCAGCCAAUGCCCAGCAAUUUCCAACGCUAGAAUUACUUGUUUCACCUCCUUCCUCCAUUUCCUUAACAUUAUAUUGUAAAGGAUAAAGCAAGGAAGUAUGUGGUAGUUGUUUGGUCAUGCCAUCAACCACCAUAUUCGAUGAAAACGUACUUGAUGGAUUGUGAGAGGCAACCUCAGAUGUCCGUUGGAUUUGAACUUCCUCGAUUGAUUUCUCCCUUAAUCAGCUUGGUGAUGGCAGCCGUGGUAAUAGAGAACAAGAUUGAUU